AGUAUAUAUACAAAGUUUAGUCAUAUCUUCAUCGUGUUUGAACUCAGUAGUACCAAGUUAACAGCUUAACUCUCACCUACUUGGAUUGAUUGAUUGAUGAAACUUGAGAACACAUAAAAUCACUGACAAAGAUUAGAAAGAAGGCAGAGCCCAAAGAAUUCAAAGGUGAAUGUUGAAAUAAAUCCCUGCUGCAACACCAAUCUCGAUCCCACUGCCAAUAAAAUAGCAAAGAAUGCGACAUAACACUCAUUUUCCAUCCCUUUAUACAAUUGUGGGGACUUUAAUUGAUGCCUUCAUGGGAAGUUGAGUGGUAAAUUUGGAAUACGAUUCAUUUCAGUCUGUUGUUUGACUGAGGACAAUUUAAUGUAGCUAGUCCUGAACUUGCAACGUUAAUCUCAUAGCUAUAUGUCUAGUGUGAUUGCUAUAGACUACGAAUUAAAAAUCAAAAUAAACUGUCGUUUUGUCAAGAAAUAAAAGCAAGAUGCCAAGCAAUGAACCUAUCCAUCUUUCGAUGUUUCCUGUGGCAAAGACUAUGGAAGGUGAAUGGAAGGUGUGGUAAGGAAUUUGGAGCAUGAGUAUGCUCUUUAUUUUGGAAAAGUAUUAAAGUGUAUAGUAAUUCACUUUGACCUGAACUCAACCCCCAAAAUGGGAUACAGACAUACAGUGUAUUUAUAGUGGUAGUAUAUUGUACACUAUGCAUCUUGCGUAUAACAAUUUGCUUUGUAACUCUAGUUUUUUCCCUUGACCCUUUUCAAAUCCUUCUGCAUAUAUAUAUGCACACAUAGUGUUUAUAGUUUUAGUGAGUGAGAAUAGCCAUGUCUACUUCAAAGAGCGUCAGCAGUUCUAGUGAAGAUGACAAUGAACUUAGAAGAGGGCCUUGGACUCUUGAAGAGGAUAAUUUGCUCUCUCAAUACAUUUCUGAUCACGGGGAAGGGCGAUGGAACUUGCUGGCUAAACGUUCAGGUUUGAAGAGAACUGGAAAAAGUUGCAGAUUAAGGUGGCUAAAUUAUCUAAAACCAGAUGUGAAACGAGGAAAUUUAACCCCGCAAGAGCAACUUUUGAUUCUUGAACUCCACUCAAAGUGGGGAAACAGGUGGUCAAAAAUUGCACAACAUUUGCCAGGAAGAACAGACAAUGAGAUCAAGAACUAUUGGAGAACAAGGAUUCAGAAACAAGCAAGACAUUUGAAAAUUGAGACUGACAGCAGAGAAUUUCAGGAACUUGUGAGGCGUUUUUGGAUGCCAAGAUUGCUUCAGAAGGUAAAAGAGUCAUCGUGUUCUUCGGCCAUGUCAAUUCAGAACCAGGAGAUUCCUUUGGUUCUUGAUGAUGGUGUUUCUCAACACUCAACUGUUGGGACCAUACCAUGGCAGGGACCUUGUGUGAGCAUGAAUGAAGGUAGUCCCACUUAUAUGGACCAACAUGAGCAGAACUCAGACUCUGAACACAACAGUGGUUCAUGCAUCUCCUUUUCCGAGUCAGCAAAUAUUCCAAAAGUGUCUCAUCAUUUUGCACACACCAUGGACCAAUUCCAUGCCUUAAGCAGCAAUGAUUUUGGCACUUACUCAUACGAGGGUUAUCAUGUAAAUGACAAUGCCUAUGAGAUUGAGACCUUCAAACCAGCAUCUGCAAGGGUGGCUCAGGAUGUGCAAUACCCAAUUGCUGAUUCUCAAACGCCACCAACCGAUUGGCUGAGCAACGAUUUUGCAUGUUCCAUGUGGAACAUCGAUGAACUCUGGCAGUUUAGCAAGUUACAAAAAUGAGAUUUUUAGGGUUUCUGAUUUUUGGAAUAACCCAAACACUGUCUUUGAUGAUAUUAUUGUGGAUUAGCUACCAAAUUAAUUAAUUCGGAGAUGGUGAUUGUUUUCUGUACAUCUGUCGUGUAUUCCUCUGUUUAGACGAGACUGCUUUCUAAUUUGUAUUUAUUGAGAUUGAAUCCCUGAGUAGAGAAAAACUAGCCAGUGAAAAAAAAAAAA